ACCCUCGGAUCUGGCUCCACCCUCUGCUGGCCCUUGGCUCAGCCCAGCUCGGUUCCAGCUCGAGGAUGCCCAGCUCCGUUCUGUGAGCCGCGUCCUUCGCCCGGCCCCUCCUUCUCUCACUAAAGCAAGGGUCCCGGGGCGCUUGUCUUGUCGCGGUGGCUGCGGAGUCCCUGCGUUCGUUAGCAGGAGCCCGGUGGGGACGCCUCUGGGGAGAGUACCGCGGCCCUAGCGCACGGGGUGGUGCCUCUGCGCGCGCGGAGCAGCUGCAGGCGACGGGGACGCGCAGAGGAGACGCGGCCGGGGGCCGCCUGGAAGGGCAGUGGCGAGGGGCGCGGCGCCGCCGGAAGCUGGGACAGGGGCCCCUGGGCGCGAUGCGGUGAAAGAGCGACCCGAAGGUGGCGAUGAGUGCCUCUGCGGCCACGGGGGUUUUUGUGCUCUCCCUCUCAGCCAUUCCAGUCACCUACAUCUUCAACCACCUGGCGGCCCAGCACGAUUCCUGGACCAUUGUUGGGGUUGCUGCCCUCAUCCUGCUCCUGGUGGCCCUUUUGGCUCGGGUCCUUGUCAGAAGAAAACCACCGAGGGACCCUCUGUUCUACGUGUAUGCGGUGUUUGGAUUUACCAGCGUGGUGAACCUCAUCAUAGGCUUGGAGCAAGAUGGCAUCAUCGAUGGGUUUAUGACACACUACCUGAGAGAGGGUGAACCAUAUCUGAACACGGCCUAUGGGCACAUGAUCUGCUACUGGGAUGGCUCUGUUCAUUACCUGAUGUACCUGGUGAUGGUGGCUGCCAUAGCAUGGGAGGAAAGUUACAGAACCAUUGGCCUAUACUGGGUGGGAUCCAUUAUAAUGAGCAUUGUGGUUUUUGUGCCUGGAAACAUCGUAGGAAAAUAUGGGACACGGAUUUGCCCUGCAUUUUUCUUAAGCAUACCAUAUACGUGUCUUCCGGUCUGGGCUGGCUUCAGAAUCUAUAAUCAACCAUCAGAAAACUAUAAUUAUCCCUCAAAGGUUCUUCAAGAAGUCCAAGCAAAGACCCUGCUGAGAAGACCAUUUGACUUAGUGUUGGUCGUGUGUCUUUUCUUGGCAACUGGAUUUUGCCUGUUCAGAGGCUUGAUCGCUUUGGACUGCCCAGCUGAGCUCUGCCGACUCUACUCACAGUUUCAGGAGCCCUACCUAAAGGACCCUGCUGCUUACCCGAAAAUCCAGAUGCUGGCAUACAUGUUCUAUUCUGUCCCUUACUUUGUGAUUGCACUCUAUGGCUUAGUGGUCCCUGGAUGUUCAUGGAUGCCCGAUAUAACCCUGGUCCAUGCUGGAGGUCUAGCUCAGCACCACCAGUGUCCAGGCUGGUCUUGUAACCUUCCUGCUCCAGCCUCCCAAGUGCCGAAAAAACAAACACGCACCGCCAUGUCUUAUUCGUGUAAAAUAUUAAUAUUGAGCGAUAAACUCCUAAGGCACUGCAACUUAAUAAAAAAUUGUAAUAUUUUCUUAUUUAGAUCACUGGAAGACACACUGGGUAGUGAUUGGGUCUUGGAUUUCAGACUGUUAGGAACCUCCCAAGUCUGUUUUCUUCAGAAAAUAAAAGCUCAGUCAAGAUUUUAAAAUAAAAACCAGGCCAAGUUUCGUUGGGGGACCUAUAAUCUCUUUUCACACACAGCUUGCUAUAGGACUAAAGUUGUAAGCCUAACAUGGCAGCGUGUAUCAAUUCACUUAUUAUUGUUCCCCAUCGCCUGAAGUAGUCAGUUUCUAGUCAUGUGCAUUUAACCAACUUAAGAGAUGUAGGUUGAGGCCUAUGAUGGGCCUCAGUACUCAACAAAAGGUAGACUUUUCUUAUUUCCUACAAGACGCAGUACAACUGCUCAUACUGCAAGUAUGCACUACAGGUACACUUUAGCUCUGUAAGUCAUUUAAUAUGACACAUGCAGAAACAUACAUAACACACACGCUUUAUACAAGGGACUGGAGGCUCCAAGGAUUUUGACAUAUAUGGGAUUUCCCAACGUCCUGGAUCCAAUCCUCCUUGGUUCCCAAUGGCUGACUGCACAGUUAGAAUCAUUGAAAAUGAAACCAACGUCUAAGUUAAUAUAAUUAACAGCAGGAGCGGAUUCACUCUCCUUGUUGUCACUAGUUAAAUCUGUAAUUUCAGUUAAAGCAGCCUCUGUCACUUUAGCUCUCUUGCUCACCGGCUUUGUCUUCUGUAAAGCUGCUAAGGAUUAAAGAGGUUAUGAGUACCAGAGCCUGACAUGUAAAAGCUAUGAGACUCCGAUUUAUAAUUAUUAAUAGAGA